GGGGCUGCAACUGGAUUGUCAAUACCGUUAACACCAUAAACUAAACACCACGGCCUUGAACUUAGCCACUCGUAGCCACUCGCCCUACCUAAGCAUCCUACUAGCUUCGUUUGUCCCACCUCGCUAACUAAAAUUCUGCUCGAAUCCUUCUCUUGCAUCACUUUCCUGGGAGCCCAAUGUAAACAAACUCCGUCAGCUGACUUACGGUGCGUCAGCUGGUGUUUCCGUCUAGCGACUAUCCUAUACCAUUACUUCUCCCCUGUGUCUCUGUAUUCUGUGCUCCUGCUCACUGCUCGCGUCCCUCCCUCACCUGUGCAGCACAUUAAUAUAAAAGGAACUUGGCUCUUCAAUUGGUGUCUUCAGAUUAGCAGAAGAGGAGUGGCUGGGUGGAAAUCCUCCUGCUUUGAUCAGUCUGAUUCAGUCAGUCGUGAAGGACGGACUCCGAGUCGCUGGCCACCCUCGUUUUGCUCCAAGAUCCCGCCCGAAAACAACACUGGUGCAAGAUGCCAGAAGCCACGCUACGUAGGAAUGGAUCCAGUGAGAUGGCGUCCACAUCCCAGCUGAAUGGUGUAGGAGGAGACCAUGCAACAACAAAAACCCACACAGCUAAUGGCCACGCAACAAAUGGCUGCACAAGUAGUAGCCAUGCAAGUAAUGGACACUGCAGGGCGGCGAGUGACACUUCCUCGGUGGAGUGGGAGGACUUCGAGGUGCACAUCGGCUGGGGCACCAUGCGAGGGAAGAUACGAGGCUCGGGUCCCGAAUUGGUGCUGGGAGUACACGGGUGGCUGGACAACGCCAACACCUUCGACCUUCUCUGCCACCACCUGCCAGAGAACACCAGGUUCCUCUCCCUCGACCUGCCAGGGCACGGCCGCUCAGACCACUUCUCCCCUGGCUUCAUCUACGACCCCCGGGGCUACAUGGCGGCCAUCAAGAAGACCAUGACGGCCAUCGGGUGGCAGCGGUUCACCUACCUGGGCCACAGCAUGGGCGCCGUGGUGGGCAUCAUGUACACGUCUGUUUUUCCUGAAGAUGUCAAAGCUUUUAUCUCCAUCGACAUCAUUAAGCCGUGGUCCCUUGAUCCUGAAAGACAGCCAGGGGCGCUGAAGAAGUACAUGCUCCAGUACUUUGACAACGAGGACAAGGCCUCCAAGCAGCCACUGGUGUACGAAGAGGAGGAGCUUGUGAAGAAGACCAUGGAGGGGAGUCAAUCUCUGGACGAGCGAGGAGCGAGGAUACUGCUGCAGCGAGGCGCCAGGCGGGCCAAGGAUGGGUCUGGCCUGGUGCUGACGCGGGACCUGAGGGUGAAGACUUUCUUUAUCGGGUUCAUCAGCAUGGAUGAGUGGCUAGAGAUGGCCAAGGCGAUCACCUGCCCCUUACUCAUCGUCAGGGCGAAAGACGGUCACGCGUACGAGCCGGAGGAGAAAUACAAGGUGAUGCUGAAGGCCUUCAGUCAGAGCUGCCAUCACUUCCAGUACCAUGAGGUGGAAGGGAAGCACCACGUCCACCUCACCAAUGCAGGCGGCGUAGCGGAUCUCAUCACGCCGUUCUUACACAAGCUGAAGGAGUAGAACUGCUAGGGAAAAGCCAUGCUGCCUCAAUAAGCCUCCUAAACGUAGCCUGCGCAACUGAUCAGUAUUAUGGACCGAAGUGGCGCCCCCUGGGAGGAAGAAAAGAGAAAAGGCACUUUAGGCUCGUAUUCUGAAACACUUCUGCGCUGCAACUCCACUACAUUUAAAGGCUUUACUUCAAGUUACACGGUUUUUUAAGAGUGUUUUUUUUUUUUUUUUUUUUUUUUUAGGUUCUAGUGACAGAUUAACAAGAUUUCUUUAUUGUUAACAGGAGAAACACUCUUUAAAACCCGGCUAACAAUCUCUGUGGUCUUUGAAAAUAGCCGUGGUGAGAGAGCAAAGCGUUUCUGAACACGGGUCAUAGUAGGAGGACUGAAGUAAUGCGAAGUGAUAGCGGUCACAAGGAGAUGGAGAAGGGAGUGCGUCUGCUUCCACUUAAGACGGAUAUCCUCGUACUGGACUACCUAAAAAUAUCACAUGUACGUGAAUAUAUCUACUCAUUUACGUCUACCAGCAACUAUGUAUUUGGAUUAAGGUCACGGAUUACAGCUAAGGUUUCAAGUGGGGUUAGGUUAGGUUACCCACAUACCUGUCUUUCAAGCAAUCCGAUUUAACCACCUCUAAGUAUACGUAGCUGUGGUAGCUAAUCUUAACGUGAUCCAAAGUGACAGGAUUAGUAUGUGAGUAAUAUAAUGCAUUCACCUUGUACAAUAGUGAUGCUAUAGGUUAUACUGAAGGGUUGUGUUUGCUUCACAUGACCAGCCAGGGACGUGUAUGUGAUAACCAUAGAGAUCUGGAUUUCUUCGAUAAUACCACUUACUAUAAACGUAAAUGAAGAUUAGUGUCAGUUUCAAGAGAAGUCAGUAUAUUUAUUAGUAUAUAUUCGUCAAGAACACAAACACACACACACACACACACACACACACACAUUGUCAAGGUAUUGGCUGUUAUUCCUCAAGAUAUUUCUGAUGACAAAUGUAAUCCCAGCACUUGAAAAUGUUAGCACUUGAACUGGUGCACGCCUUAUGCAUUCCACACCUCAGUGAUUAUUGCUUCUUCCCUGCGUGUCAGGUGUUGCAAGCCAUCACCAUUUGUCUGCAACGUGGUAUAAAUCACUGAAAUAGUAACCCUGUGGUGUGAUAGAGCUGUCACAGAACGCUGGAAAUAAAUCUCUGAAUCAAGGGAAGGAAACGAAGUGAACAUGAAAGCAAGAAAGAUCAAAGUUGGUGAAAAUGCAUCCAGUAAGAAAGAUGGAAAGUUAAAUAAAGAAUGGGAAAUCAUGGAAGAAAUUAAUAAGAUGCUGAAAAUAAGUAAAAGUCGAUGAAAAUGCGUUAUUGUAAGAACGGGAAGGGGAGCAGGAUAUAAAAUAAAAAAUAAUGUAAGACGAUGAAAAAAAUAAAUAAAUAAAUAAAGUAACGAGGACUGGCUUGAGGCAGGUGUGGUGGCGGCGCCUGGCCACGUCUGAUCUGUGAUAUCCAGGGCAGAGGGUGUGAUUGGGUGCAAUGUGUGUACUCUGGAUGGUUUGGGUGACUAGUGCUUGCUGGGAGUGGUUGUGAUAUGGAAGGUAAUGUUCCGUAUCGUACUUGGGUGUGCGAUGGGCGGCUUCAUGUAGUGACUUCCACCUUGCUGCUUAUUCACUCUAGUGUCUCCGUCUAAAGUAGCUUACAUGAAAUUUUUGUUUUAUCAUUUAUUUAUUCAAUUAUUGAAUCCUGUGAUAUAUAUGUGUGUUUAUAUAUAUAUAUAUAUAUAUAUAUAUAUAUAUAUAUAUAUAUAUAUAUAUAUAUAUAUAUAUAUAUAUAUAUAUUGUCCACUGAUUUCACUGUAAAACAUAUCCAUGUAAUUCAUGUUUAUGUACGUGAAUCAUGCACACAGUUUUAAUAAUAAACAAUUGCAUCA